ACACACAUACACACACACACACAUUCCAGCAGGCGGAGUCGGUGACGCGUUGGGCCGUUUGUGAAUGAGCUGAGAGGAUCAGGACUCACCUCGCAGAGCAGAGUCCCAGCCAAGCCCAGGAGCGGUCACACGGAGGAAGGAAAAGUUUGCCAAAUGGAUUUCUUUGGAGGAGUCAGACCUUUAUUAUUUUCAUAUGUUCUCAUUAACGGUAUACUAAUUACAUUACAGACUAAAGAAGAGGUUCUUUUGGAUAUGAGGGCAACAGGAGGUGAGCUGGGCUGGCUGACAUGGCCCUUAGAGCAGGGGGACAAGCCUGGGUGGGAGGUCGUCCAGAGGACUCUGAAUGGCUCUCAGUUCUACACCUACUCCGUCUGUAAUGUUGGUGAACGUGAGCAGGACAACUGGCUGCGCACCACCUUCAUCCAGCGGCGUCCAUCGGCUUCACGGGUCUUUGUUGAAAUCCAGUUUAUCGUACGUGACUGCAACUCUUUCGAUGGUGCCUCGCUGACCUGCAAAGAAACCUUCAACCUCUUCACAUCUGAGUCAGAUGCCGACGUGGGGACUACCUUCCGCAAGGGCCAGUUUAAGAAAGUGGCCACCAUAGCUCCUGACGAGAUCACCAGCAAAAAUGAGCUGCGAAUCAACGAAGAGACACGAGUGGUGGAAAACCUGUCUCGAAAAGGCUUCUACUUGGCCUUUCAAGACAUCGGAGCCUGCGUUGCACUUCUCUCCGUCAGGGUCUACUACAAAACUUGUCCGGCCACAGUGAAGAGUCUGGCCUCCUUCCCUGAGACCGUGGCCGGAGGUGAGAACCAGGCUCUCAGGAAAGUGAGCGGAGUGUGUGUGGAAAACGCAGUCAGCAAGGAGCAGCCUCGCAUCUACUGCACUGUGGAUGGGGAGUGGGUGGUACCAGUCGGACAGUGCCAGUGCAGACCAGGCUAUGAGGAAGUCGAAGAUGCAUGUCAAGAAUGUCAGCCUGGCUUCUUCAAAGCUGCAGCAUCCAGUGACAAGUGUGAGCCGUGUCCUGCCAACACCCAGGGGCCAGACUCCGGGGCUUUGUUUUGUCCUUGCAUGGAUGGCUUCUACCGGGCUCCAAAUGAUCCCCCUACUGGACCCUGCUCAGGCCUCCCCUCUGCUCCACGAGACCUCGUGGCCACUACCACCCAGCUGUCUGCAGGAAAACUCCUGCUCUCUUGGAGCCCACCCGAAGACACUGGGGGUCGAACUGAUAUCACCUAUAGUGUUGAUUGCCAGCGCUGCGAGGGAAGUGCGUGUCAACCCUGUGGAGAGAAGAUCCGCUAUGAGCCGUCCAGCGUGGGCCUGACUGACACCAAGGUUUCAGUGAGCGAGCUGGACGCUCACCUUAACUACACCUUCACUGUGGAAGCACACAGCGGCGUGUCAGUAUUCGCUAGUCAGGCAGCGCCACAGGCUCAUAGACCACCAUCCACCAGUGCUCUGACUACAUCUCUGCACUACACAGAUCCUCCCAAGAUUACCACCAUGCGACUGGUAGAGAGGACCUCCACCACCUUGUCCCUUUCCUGGGAUGUAUCUCCACGACCACGGGUCCAACUGCGGCCCAUCCGCUAUGAACUCACUUAUCGCAAGAAGGACGAUAACCUGGAUGUGACGACCUACAUCGUGCUCAAACUCGAGAAGAACUCUGUACAGAUCAGUGAUCUGGACCCGGGCACAGCCUACCUGUUCAGGGUGCAGGCCCUCAGCAGCGACGGCAGCCCUGGAGGCUCCAGUGUGGAGGAGCAGUUUGAGACCUCCUCUGAAGGACUUCUCACUCACAACACAGCGCUCGUCCUCUGCCUGGCGGUUGGAGCAGCGGUGGUGUUGUUCAUAGUGGUCGUCGUCCUGUUCCUGCGCAGACGGAGAAGGAACACUCACACCAGGCAAGGACCAGAGGACACCUACUUCUCCAGCUCAGAGCAACUGAAGCCUCUGAAGACCUACGUGGACCCACACACAUACGAGGACCCCAACAUAGCUGUACUGAAGUUUGCCACUGAAAUCCACCCCAGCCACAUAACCAAACAGAAAGUCAUUGGAGCUGGGGAGUUUGGCGAGGUGUACCGUGGUAUUCUGAAGGUGCCGGGGAGGAAGGAGGUGGCGGUGGCUAUCAAGACGCUGAAACCAGGCUACACGGAGAAACAGAGGCAGGACUUCCUGAGCGAGGCCUCCAUCAUGGGGCAGUUCUCCCACCAGAACAUCAUCCGUCUGGAGGGGGUGGUCACCAAAUGUAAGGAUUUCUUUAAACAUGCCAUGAUUGUGACUGAAUACAUGGAGAAUGGAGCACUGGACAGAUACCUCAGGGACCACGAUGGGGAGUUUUCUUCCUACCAGCUGGUGGGCAUGCUGCGUGGGAUUGCAGCAGGCAUGAAGUACCUCUCUGACAUGAGCUAUGUCCACCGUGACCUGGCUGCGCGCAAUAUCCUCGUCAACAACACCCUGGAGUGUAAAGUGUCAGACUUCGGCCUGUCCCGGGUGUUGGAGGACGAUCCUGAGGGGACAUACACCACAAGCGGAGGAAAGAUUCCCAUUCGCUGGACGGCUCCAGAGGCAAUAGCAUACAGGAAGUUCACCUCAGCCAGUGACGUGUGGAGCUUUGGCAUCGUCAUGUGGGAGGUUAUGGCGUUUGGUGAAAGGCCUUACUGGGACAUGAGUAACCACGAGGUGAUGAAGGCCAUCAACGAGGCCUUUAGGCUGCCGGCGCCUAUGGACUGUCCCUCAGCCGUUUACCAGCUGAUGCUGCAGUGCUGGCUUCAGGAUCGCUCCAAGAGACCACGUUUCGGAGACAUUGUUAGUCUGCUGGACAAGCUGCUGCGGAGCCCCGACUCCCUGAAGACCAUUGCAGACUUUGACCCACGCGUAUCCAUCCGCCUUCCCAGCACCAGCGGCUCGGACGGUUCCCCCUUCAGGUCGGUGUCUGAGUGGCUGGAGUCCAUCAAGAUGAGUCAGUACAGUGAGAACUUCACCUGCGCUGGGAUCGUCACCAUGGACCAGGUCCUGCAGAUGAAGAACGAGGAUAUUAAGAACAUCGGGGUGAGGCUCCCUGGCCAUUUGAAAAGAAUUGCCUACAGCAUCUUGGGCUUAAAGGACCAGACUAGCACCCUGAGCGUGUUUGCUGUGUGAUCGUGACAACGAAGGGAAUUAAAAUCGGGCACUGGAGCAGACAGCCCUUUGAACUCUAAGCUGAGCUGGAGCGAAACUGCAGGGACGGCGAUGGAUCGGCAGAACCAAGAGAAACGUCAUGCCAUCCUCUGGGGCCGACUGAAUCAGACUGACUUACUGUACAUUUUUAAUUUCUUCAUUUUAUCCACACGGGAAUGGAGCAAAUAUACAACAGUAGAUGUAUCAAUUAGACUCUGUAUAUUUAGAUAUCUAUUUUUAUUACCCAUGUCUUCUGUACAGAUACAAUUCAUCGCUCAUGCAUUUAUUUGUUUUUUUCUUCAUUUCACAUUCCGGCUUCAUAAAAAUCAACAAUCAAGCCAGUUCUGGGAACAGCUUCAGUUACAACAUUGGUCCCUGAGCUCGUUGCAUCCAGUGUCAAACAAACAAGGGAAGUGCAGUAAGUGUGAUAGCAUGAGAGCAGUGGAAUCAGCCCCAGCUCAGUUUGUGGUUGGUGCUGAUGUCACGGCGUCUGCCUUUUAAUUGGCACUUUUGGUCCAUUUCCUGUUAGACCAAUGAGGAGUGCCGUGAGGGCUGAAGUGAGCUUGAGCUGGCCCAGAGAUAAAGAGACGGUGUUGCUGAGGUGUAAACACAGACCGACCUGGUGCUGUUAUCGGCCUUCUGCUGGCUUCAUGCUGACGUUAAGCUAUAAUCAUGUAAGUGAUGUUAGAACGUAUAUGAGGUACUCUUUGUGUAUAGAUUUUUUCUUUGUGUUUGGGCAAUUACCAAAAAUAUUGGGAUUAAGAACCUAUAAUGUAGCACUUGGAUCAAGAAUCACAUGAUCUUGGUUUGUCUCAGAGAGCAGUGACCACACAUAAACUCCUGAACUUAAAGAGAUGGUAAGUGAGGAACUGUGUAAAUUAAAUUAAAUUAAUUAGAGUGCAGUACAUCUGUUUGUAGCGUGCCGGUAAUGAAGAGGGAGAUAGCGAAGUUUACCAAAAUAUAAAAUAUGACCCCACCCUGCCAAAAAAAAACAAAGAUUUCAUGAUGAUGAGUUUUGUUGUGGUUGAAAUGAUUUCAUACUUAAUAAUAGUUUGGUUUGCAAUUUCAAUGUCUCAUAAAGUUUUGUAGAAGCUAUAAAAAAUAUUUGUAUUUCUGUUGGUUUGAGUAACGUGUUGACAGAAUUAAACUGUAUGCUUCGACAAUUAAGCGCUCGACUUGUUCCAGACAUUUAAAGAUGUUUUGAAGUGCCUGUUUGUAGAGCGGGAGUUUUGCUUCUGUCUGUUUUAAUGGAGUGGCUCUCCAGUGUAGUGGGAAGUGUAUCGUGCAGAGCCCCCACCCCCCACCUUCCCACAGUGCUCUUCUCUUAAUUGAUGACUGCAAAUCAUUGUGUUACUGAUGUGCACCUUUCUUUACUUGAAUUUUUAGUGUAUUUUCAAAUGUAUCUGUAAUUCUGUUGUAGCUGAUAGGCCCAUCUUUGGAAAAGGGAUUGUGUUUUGUUAUUACUCUGGUUUACUGGUUGCAAUUACACUUUGUACAUUUUGUAUGAUUUCACUUUUUGCCAUAUCACCAAAAUGAUUAUUUUUUAUAGGUUCCCAUCACUUUCCUCCUUCUGCUGCCUUUCCAAACAUUUUGAGAGUUCCUUCAUCAAAGAGCAAACUCCUUCCCUUUUGCCUGUUGUUUUAUACUGUAUUUAAUAGUCUAUUUAUUUUGUACUUUUAUUUAUUUAUCCUGAUAAACACUGAGCUGGGAUUAUAACUGAAGGUUGCUCUGUCAUUCUUAAUAAUAAAAAAAAGCUCUAAUGUCCCUCUUUUAUUCCUGAAUUAUUCAAACCCGAGAUUGCCUUCAUUGCAUUUGUGGAGCAAUAAAGUCUUAAAUGAAAUUUG